UAUUGAAUAUUAAUAUAAAAUAAAAUAAAAAUCUAGAUAAAUUAUACUUAUGUUAGAAGAGUAAAACACUAAUAAAAAUGGAUGAAUUUUAUGGGAAUAAUCAUAGUGAAACUCAGGAAAAUCGAACACAGCCUGAAAUUGAUAUCCAUGAAAGUUCUGAAUCAUUGAUAAUAUUCAUGGAUAACUUGAAACAUAAUAUUAAUGUAUUUCGUCAAGAUUUCAAAAAAGUCUUUAAUGUGUACAUAAACCAACUUACCGCAUUGUUAAAUCAACCGCCUAAUCAAACACAGCCGACAUUAAAUUCAAGAUCUAUAAAUAGCAUUAGUAAUGAAAAUAUAAAAAAAGUACGUUAUGCAUCAUUUCGCAAAGCAAAUAAAAUUUAUAAACGUGUUAUGAAUGUAUUGAAUAAUUUCAUGAAUAGAUUCACCCAAGAUUACGCUGAAACAUUGAACAUUGCCAUUGACUUAAGUACCUACAAACAAUCGUACGAUAAUUUCUUCAAACGCUACAUCAAUUAUCAUGACUUGGAACCACAUGAAAUGUAUGCACGUAAUCAAAUAUUAAAUAGUAUUGUUGAUAAGUACAACAAGUUAGCUAUUACUUACAACGAAAGAAUACGACAUUUUGAAGGAUUAAAAGGCAACAUUCUUAAUCGUUCACUUAUUUAUACAACGUCUACGGGUAAGCGUUUUGCUGUUUCAAUUAGCGAUGAAUUGGAUCAGUUUAAAGAGCUCGCUGAAUACGAUCAAGUAACAAGAAAACGUUCUUCUCUUGUUGCUGCACUAGGUAAUCAAUUGGAUAACGAUUUACGACAUUCUGUUAAUAAUUCAAGACUACUGGAAAUAACACCAAUAAGAGGAGAGUAUGGAAAUAUUUCACCCGCGCAAAAUGAACCAUUGGAAAUGAAUGCUGAAGAUCAAGAUCAAAGUUAUUCAAGAUCGCGACAAAGCGAACGAUAUGAAGAUGUAAAUUUGAAUGCUAUUGUAAAUCAAAAUUUAGCAAACUUGAAUCGCAGGAGAACAGUAAAUGUUCAAUCAAAACCACAACGUAAACGUAAGCAAUCAGGGAUUGAUAAUGAGACUCAGUCUAAAAUAGCUAGAAAAAGAUCUCAACCUCAGGAAAGUAAAGAUCAAGAUAAAAAUAAGUCAAAACAGCGGCAAAGAGAAAUAUCCAAUGAAGAAACAGAUGCAGCAGACGAAGAAAUGGAUAUGGAAGACCAAGAAAUGAAUAUUGAAGACGAAGAAAAAAAUAAAAAAGAUAAAGAAGACGAAGAAGCAGACAUAAAAGAUGGAGAAAAAGAUAGAGAAGAUGAAACAACAGAUACAGAAGACGAAACAACAGAUGAAGAAGAAGAAAAUAAAAAUGUUAAAAAAGGUGGACUCUUAAAAAUAUCUUUUAAAGGAAUUAAAAAGAAUAAGUCGAAAAAAGCUGGAAAGUCAUCUCGCCGUAUAGAUUUAUAUGAUCGUAAAAUAUAUAUGAAGAAAUUAGGCAGAGCUAUGGAAAAGCAGUGCGAAAACCUCGUUGAAGAAACAUCUCCAGAUGAAGACAAUUACUUAGAUAUGACAAUUGAAGAUUUACUGCAGCAAAAUCUUGAAACGGUAGUAGAACAUUUAAAUAUGAUGAACCAAAAAAAUUAUACGAAAGCAGAAGAUAUAGUUAUAGAAAUAUCUAAAAAAUUAAACAUAAUAAAAGACGAUAAUGAUGAUGAUGGGGAUUAUGAUGAUGUGGAUGAUCCUGAAUUCAUUGAACGUCUGAAAAAAAGUGCUGAUUAUGCAAAACAACCAACGAAGUAUGAGAAAAUAAUGAACGAACUUAGAUUAAGAGAAAGCAAACAUGAAACAGCGAUCAAAGACUUAAAACGUUACUGUUUAGAUAGGCGAAUUAUUUCCGAAUACAUGAACAUACUAAAUAUGUUUAGUGAACAUUACAAGUUGACAGAAGAUGAUAGGAAAUUACUGAGAAAAUUGUGCGUUAGAUUGCCAGAUAGAUAUGAUAAAUUAAGUAAACGAUUGGUGACAGUCGUAGAACAGAUAAAUGUAAAUGAUAAUCCGUGGUGUGUCUCAAAACAUAUGUUUUACAAUUUAUCUCGAGAAGGGCAAGAAUUGUUGGAAGAACAAAAAUUAUUAGAACGUUAUAUAUUCAAUAUAGGAUAUUUAUUAAGAAUGAUUACUAAUAAAUUAUGUAAACCGCCUCCGAAAUCUCUCGAAUUAGAACCUCAGUUUCUUUCAAGAGAUGAAAUAUUAAAAAACAUUGACGAGUUUAAUAAUAUAAUUAGUGAUAAAAUUUCGGAAUUCAAUGAUGAAUUAAGUAAAAUUAAGGAAGAGGUAGAAGUUGCAGUAGCUAAAAAGAAAGAUGAUGAGAAACGCAGACAAAUAACGAAGAACAGUAAAACAUCAAAUGAGAAAACGAAAACCGGUAAACGAAAGAAAAAAAAUGAUACUGAUUCAAAUGCUGCUAUUGAUAUUCCUGAUGCUGCUACUAGUUCUAAUGCUGCUACUGGUAUUCCUGAUGAUGCUACUAGUUCUAAUGCUGCUACUAAUGUUUCUGAUGCUGCUACUAGUAUUUCUGAUGCUGCUACUAAUAUUAUUGAUGCUGCUACUAAUAUUUCUGAUGCUGCUACUAAUAUUUCUGAUGCUGCUACUAGUUCUAAUGCUAUUACUGGUAAUUUGAUUGAUGGAACUAGUAGUUCUACUACUGGAACUACUAUUGCUGAUGCUAGAAAAAAGAUUCGUACUAACAAAGGGAAAUUCCAAAAUGACCCUGGUGAUUCAGACGAUGAAACAAGUAGUUCUAAUAUAGGCACAAGUGAGAAUUCCGGAGUAAAAAUUCAACCAAGAGAUGUUGUAACAAUGCAUUCUCGAAGACAAGCUGCAAAAUAUGGUGAUUUCAAAUGUCCAGAUCCUCUAUUUGAUGAAGCCUUUAUCAAUAAGAUAAUAAAGAACAGAGGAGAGUUACAAAAAAGUGAUAACGAAGAAAACUACAUUAGCAAAACAGGAAAUUAUAGAUUAAAAGCUGAAAUUUUGUGGGAUAGUUUAGAAAGUUCAAAAGAUGCGAUGAUAGCAGACGAUGAAUUUAUAGAAAAAUUGAAGCCAUUAGUCAAUGAAAUUUUGACAGAUGCUUGUGAUUUCAAACGAUUGAUAACAGAAGUGGACGCGAAAUCUUUAAUGAUACAGAAAGAAUUAGCAGGUCCAAAAACCAAUAUACCACUGCAGGCUAUAUUGAUAGCGAAAUAUGAUAAGAGUAAGGAUACUGAUAAAUAUAUGAAACAAUUGAACUAUUUGUAUAUGAAAGUGUUGAUAUCGGAAAUUCGAAUUAGGUGGUUGGAACAUGAACGUAAUAAAUUGCAGCUAAUUUAUGAUGAUAAAAUGGCUCGUAGUAACAAGGAAAAUAAUAAUAAAAUAAUAACAGAUAUUGAUGCACAUACACUAACUAUUAAAAAAUUGAAUGGAUCGUUUGAAAAUAUUGUUGAAAAAAUAAAUGAAAUGAAAAACAAGUAGACUCAUAAAUUAACAUACAUUUAAAAAUUACACUUUUUAUAACUAUUCAAUAAUUGAUGCAUUUAAUUUUUUAAU